GGAUUAUAGCCUCCUUUUUGUUUUAUGGAUGCGAUUUUCAUGUCAUCUUCAGCGGAGAAAUCUGUUUCUCCAAACAACAAUAAUAUUCUAAGGAGAUAUAGCAGCGGAUCUAAUUUCAUUUCGAAACAAAAUGAAAACCUAUUUCACAACACGAGCAUCAUCCAUGGAGGAGGAGGAGGAGGAGGAGGAGGGAUGAUGUUUGCUCCUCCGCCGUCUCUUUCCUUCUCUUAUAACCCUUCAGCUCCUGUUCUCAAUCCAUUAUUCUAUCAGAAUUAUCAGCAGCAACCGCCGUUCCUUCCUCUUCCGGUCCCUAAUAAGCCUCUUCAUACUUCGCUCCCUUGUCGAACUCGAAGCCUUUCAUCGUCUCUAUCUAACGUGAAAAAUAAGAACCAAGAUCCAAAGAGAUCAAAAUCAAAGCAACUCACUGGGAAAUCGAUAGAAGAGCCGAAGAAACUUCAGCCGAAGCCGACAGUGGCAACGAAAACACAAGCUGUAAAUAAGCCCUUUGCGACGGCCUCAGCUGAAGAUUUGGACAGGCUUUCAAGCUCUAUCUUUACGCUCUCUCCGCCACCAAGUAGCUUGCCUUUGCCUAGCUUUUGGCUUAGGCCAAAGCUUAGCUGCAACGCUGAAGCUGCUUCAGUAGACGAUGGAGCCACCGACCAUCUCCGACAAUUCCUUCGUCUCCCUUGAAGCUGAAAAAAACUAGUACCCGACUUCGGUUUUGGUUCGCCGGUUGCUAUCUGACGGGUCUUUUGCGUAAAUAAAGGCCUUAAUAAUAAAGGGUAUGUUUUGGUUUCUUGUUCUUCGUCUUAAUUUUCUUUUGUCAUGGGAAAAUGUUACCAUCACCUCUUAGGUUUUUCAAAGUAGAGGUGCAUAGAAUGGAAAUGGAAAAAAAUGGAACGCAGAUGAUAGAAGUUUGCUUGCUUCU